AUGUCCGAAAGUGUAAAACGUGUGCCGACACAGAGCCUGGAAUUACCGGGUUCUUUGGGUAACGCUAAUAAGAAAGAGAAAAAAAGAGAAAAGGGCAAACAGCUCGCGCCCUCCUUCCGCUUAGAGCUCUCUCUGGAUGACAAGAACGAGACGGCAUACGCCGAGUUUAACUACACUCAUCUCCUUAAAACAGCUGAGAAAAAGAGAAGCAAGGAAAACAAAAAUACCAAUGGGCAGGACCCAUUUGAUGAUGAUGAUGACGAUGAUGAGACGAGGGAGAUUGCUAAAAGAUUUGAAGCUAAAUAUGGUACGACGAAUUCGCUGAAAAAUAAAAAGAAAAAGUAUUAUGAUGAUGUAGAUCUUGGAGCUGGUUAUGAUGAAAAUGAUUCUUUUAUCGAUAAUACAGACGCCUACGAUGAAGUUGUUCCUCUUGGAGUAACAACAGCGCAUGGAGGUUUUUACAUCAAUAGUGGACCACUAGAAUUCGAUGUCAAAGAAGGAGAGAUUUCUCUGUCACGUACUCUAAAUAAUCUUAACAACGAUGAUUCAAGCAGCAGUGAGAGUAGUGACGAUGAUGAAGACAGUAAUAGUCCGGUGCCUAAAAGAAGAGACAGCCGAUUAAUCAGUUCAUCUGAUGAAGAUGACGAAGAAAUCGUCGAACCAGCUCCUAAAAAAUCAAAAUUAGAUGAGAAUGGAGAGAAAAAAGUUAAUUAUGAUAAUAUGAUUAAGAAAAAAAAGAAACUUUUAACAGAACAACAGCAACAACCACAACAACCACAACAACAACAACAGCAGCAAUCUGUAGAUAGUUCAAAUAAACAAAAAAAUGUUGAUGAUAAACGUGAUCAUAUGGAAGUUGAUAUUGCGUCUGACAAUAAUCAAGAUCAGAGAAAAAAAUUAUCCUGUGAUGUUAUUAAGCCAAAAGAUACUGCGAAAAAAUUUGUUAAAAAACCAAUGGCUAAUGGUUUAGAUGAUAGUAAAAAAUUAGAUAAUGGAAAAAAAUUGUCGGUUAAGGAUAGUAAUAUUGAUGACGCUAUUGAUAGUGUCGUUAAUGAUCGUAAGGUCGAUGAUGAUGACAGUAGAGACACCGAAGACUCCAGUAAGUCACGUUGUGUUGCUGGUACGUCAUCUGAGUGUGAGGAUGGAGAUAAAAUCGAUAAUCGUGUGCCUGAUAAUUUACCCGAGGAAAUUAAAGAUAUUAUUAAUAAAUUAAAAAAGCAUGUGGAGAGCAAUAAGGAUGGAAAAAUGAAAUUUUUUGACUCUUAUGCCAACGCUGCGAUACUCAGUUUGGAUACAAAAUUAAGGCAAUUGGAUUCGCCAGCAGUUAAGAAUCAGGUUUACGCACAUCUUGCUCCUUUUAUGUCGUGCAGUAAAAUAACUCUAACAAAUCGAAUUAAAAAAUUAAGCCUUGCGGAAGCGGAAAAUAAAGUACGAGAACCAACAGAAAGGUUGAAGGGGAUAAUUGAACAAAUGAUGCCGUCAGCUGUCCAGAAGUAUGAAGAAGAAUGUCGUAGGGUGGCUGAAGACAACCCUCACUUAUACUGGGAGAUAUACCGGUACUGUGGGAGUUUAGAAGCUUCAUUAUCUGAUGAAGACAGCAGCGAUGGUAAUGAAAAACCACCCAAGAAGCCAAAUUUCCCACGUAAACGAUUCCCGUGGACAACUGAAGCCAAGAAAGCAGUUUGUGACAUCGCAACAGCAUGGCAGCAAUAUUACAAAGUCCGAAGACCAAGAAAAGAAAAUAUGGAAUCAUUUGUUUCGGCUUUCAUGGAAAGUAAAAUUUUACCGCUUUGGCCUAAAGGCUGGAUAACGUUAGAAACUUUAUUAAAGUACUCCAAUCCAGAUACAACUGGCAAAAGAAAACCGAAAAAAUCAAAGGAUAAUGUGCAAGCAAAUAAUAUUCAAUUAACUACAAAUAAUUGUUCACCGAGACUGGAAAAUCCGUCAAAUACCAGCAGUUUAAUUCAACAAGAACGUUCUAAGACACCAACAAAUUUAAAAAGUUCUUCUUUAGAGAACAUAAAUUAUACGUCACCAAGUCAAAGUGUUAAAUCAUCAGAAGUUACGACAGCAACUGCAGCAGCAGCUGGAUCAACUGAAAGAAAACAAAGUAAUAACAGUAGUAAACAUAAAGAUAAAAUACGAGAAAGUUCGACGUCGUCUAGUCAGCAUGAUAUCAGUGGAGCAGCACCAAUAGCUAAAAUAUCAGUAGUACCCACAUCUCAAUUGAUGGCACAAAAACCUGCUAAAGCUCAUUCAGAUAAAUUUAAUCCGCUUAAUUUAACUAGUAGUACUGUCUCAAUAACGCCUGUCAAUGAUUAUCAGAAAGCAAAUAAGCUAGAUGACAAUAAAAAAGAUGUUGUUUCAAUUACACCAUUUUCAGAUGUUCCUGCACAUCCACCAGAUUUAUCACUUGGAAGACUAUCUAUUGCUGGAUCUUUUGGAGUAUCUAAUAAUCCUGGAUCAAAAUCUCUGACACUUAAACACCGGAUACUUCAUGAUAACGUUGAUAAGAGGAUAGACGAUCGUGAUGUUAUUGAUGCUGUUGGUGGUGAUACGAAAGAUAAAAAACGUGAUCGUUGGGUUGAAGAAAGAUACAAAUCGGGUGAUAUUAAAAAACGACGUAAAGACAUUAAAGCUAUAGAACUUAAUCAACAAUCUUGUUCGAUUACUAAACACGAAGUCUCGAGUAUUCUUCAACCUAAAUCAGGACUGUCUCAAGAAGAGAUUGACAGGCAGAUUGAAGAAACAGAAGCUGCUACGAAUUAUCUCAGCCAGAUAAUAAAUGACGAGUCUCGGAGAUCAGCAAAUGACAGUAAACGUAAAGAAUCUAGUUUGAUUGAUGACAGCAUGGAAUUUGCUAGCACAUUUCCUCCUAGUGAACAGGAUAAGGAUGUACAAAUGGUGAUGCGAUCGUUAAAAGAACUCCAAGAACUUCAAGAGAAUAAAUAUUCCCCAAGUAAUUCGCCGUUACAAAAAUCUAAAUCUUCUCAUCAGUAUGUCGGUUUUUCUGAUGAUUACCAUCGACAUUAUCACAAUAAAAAGGACGAUAAAUUGAACAAAAUACCAAAAGAUGAACCACCGUCAUUUUUUUUGUCACGUGAUUAAUAUUAAUUUAUAUUUUAAAUAUUAAUUAUCAACAUACGACUGUUGCUGAUGACGUUGCAUCGACUUUGGACAAUUACUUCCAACUCGUUCCUAACAAUAUAAAUAAAUAAUAAAUUUAUAAGUAUUUUCAAAUUGCCUGACAGUUGUAAAUAUAUAUUUUAAUUAAUAAGAAUGAUAAUAAUAAUAACUAUUAUUAUUAUUUAGUAACUAGUAGUGGGUAAACUCGUGUACAGAUCCAUAAAUUAUGAACAAAAUUAGCGUGUGGUAGGCUUUGUAUAUAAUGCAGAGUGAUGAGAUUUUUUAUUAAUGUAAAUUAUAAAAAAAAAAUUUUUUUUUAACAAUUUUGACUCAAUUUGUGUUUUAAAUUAUUUUAAAUUAAUUUUGCAUUAACAAAAAUUAAUUUUGUUUAAAAAUUGCCAAAAGUAUCGGCAUAUAUUCAUUAUUAUUAAUGAAAUAAUUAAUUUAAUAAAACUAAUAAUUUUAGUUUGAAUACUCCGGAAUUUUAAUUUUAUUUUAAUUGUGUGCUGAUAAUUUAAAUGAACAAUAAAUUUUAUUUUUUUUUUAUGAUCGCCAGGACAAAAAAAAUUAUAAAACAGAGUAUUUAUGUUUAUGUAUGCUUGAGGUUAAUGAGUCUGAUUAUAUUUUCGAGCAAAUGAUACAAAUAGAUAGAUAGAAUGUAUAAAUCUAUAUAAAUAUAUAAAUAAUGUUUUUAAGAGUGAUAUAUGGACCGUCAGAGCUUUAUGAUUUUUUUAUGUUCAUUUAAUAGUUAUUGUAAAAUCUUCGUUGUGACGAUAAACGUAUUGUAAAAUUUGGCAUUCACGUGCCAAUAAGGCGUCUUCAAAUAUAAGUUUUGAAUAUUUUUUACAAUA